UUCAUUGGGGUAGUGUUUUUGGGGGUCUCAAAACAGAAAUAUAGAAAAAUAGACCUAAGUCAAGACAUAGAUAAAUAGAUGGUAGGGAACUGAAAUAGAAAGAAGAAAAAGAGAAACAUGAAAAGCCUCUCUCAAUCUAAUCCAUUUCUUCUCAUCACCCUCCUUAUAACUACUCUCUAAACCAUUAUAUCAUCAUCUCUUCACCUUCAAUAUCCAAAAUCCCAAAUUUCUCUUAAAACUCCAAAACUUCAAAACAAAACAAAACAAAACCCAUUUGAAAUUAAUCACUUUAGAGUGGAGUGAAAAUGGUUGUUGGGUGGAGAAAAGCAUUUUGCACAUCAAUUCCAAGAGACAAAAAUACUGAACCAAAAACAAUAACAGAGAAAAAAAAACAACCACAUUGUGAAAAUUCAUCAACCAAUCAUAGUCCUAGAAUCAGUUCCAAGUUUGGUUUUUUCUCAAAUCCAUCAACACCAAGAUGUCAAUCUCAACCUUCUUCAACCGGUUCAUCUACUCUUCGUUGUAAAACCUCAAUAGCAACAACAACUUGUUCUGUUCCCACUAGUCCAAAACUCCAAUGCAACAAUAACCUCAAAACACCCAAAUCAUUCAGCCUCUCUAAUCCCUCUUCACCAAAAUCACCUUCCAGCUUCUCAUUUCUCAAAGCCACUUUGCGCUUAUCCAAAAAUCGAUGUGGAAUAUGUACACAGAGUGUGAAAAGUGGACAAGGAACUGCAAUUUUUACUGCAGAAUGCUCCCAUACUUUUCAUUUUCCUUGCAUAUCAACUCACGUGACGAAGCAACCGUUGCACGUGUGUCCAGUUUGUGGUACGAACUGGAAGCAACUUCCGGUGCUUGCGAAGAAAACUGAAAACAGAGAUUCAAGAAAUUUCAAAGUAUACAACGAUGAUGAACCUCUUCUUUCACCUGCUUCACUCUCUCGAUUCAAUCCUAUUCCUGAAUCGGAGAAUGAAACUGAAGAUGAAGAUGAAAAUGAAAGUGUUGUUGAAUUUCAAGGAUUUAAUGUUAAUCCUGUUCGAAGCGUUUCGUCUUCUCCGGCGGUGAUUAGGAGGAACCUUGAAGUGUCUUUGUUGCCGGAAACUGCUGUUGUUGCUGCUAAUAGGAAUUAUGAGACGUAUGUUGUUGUUUUGAAGUUGAAGCCUCCGGCGCCGGUACCGGCACCGGUGGCGGUGUCUCAGAAGGUUUCGCGGCGUCCUCCGGUGGAUGUUGUUAUUGUUCUUGACGUCGGUGGUGCUAUGUCCGGUCAGAAGCUACGUUUGAUGAAGAAUGCUAUGAGACUUGUGAUUUCAUCGAUGAAUGCUACCGAUCGUCUCUCAAUUGUAGCAUUCUCCGGUGGAUCGAAGAGGUUGUUACCGUUGAAGAGAAUGACCGGCGGUGGUCAGAGAUCUGCGCGUCGGAUUGUGGAAGCACUUGCCGCGAUUGAUCAAUCAAGAGAAGGCGUUCCGGCGAAGAACGAUGCAUUGAAAAAAUCAGCAAAAGUUCUUGAGGAUCGCCGUGAAAAAAAUUCCGUCGCCUGUAUCGUUGUUCUAUCUGACAUCGUCGAUUCACGCGCCGUCAGUGCUUCGUUUCAGAAAAUCUCUCUGGUUUCAUCCACUCGUCUUUCAAACCUCGAAGUUCCAAUUCACGCGGUUCGUUUUCCUAAAGAUAGCGAGUGUAACAACGCGCCGCCUGAUGAGUUACUGGCAAAAUCAAUUAACAGUUUAUUAACCGUGGUAGCUCAAGAUGUCAGGAUUCAGUUAAAAAUAGUUUCACGCGCGCGCCCGGUUGAGAUUGCAGCAGUGUACUCACUCGCGGGUCGACCUGCACCACUCGGAUCCGGUUCGAUCCGAAUAGGAGAUUUAUACGCUGAAGAAGAAAGAGAAUUAUUAUUGGAGCUGAAAGUGCCAGCUGUUUCAGCUGGGUCCCAUCAUGUUUUAACUGUUUUAUCUUCUUACCGUGACACAGUUACAAGUGAGAUUCUGAAUCCAGUUGAGCAGGCAAUGCUAAUUCCUCGGCCCCACACCGUUCGAUCAUCGAAAAUCGAAGGGUUGAGAAACCUCCAUGUCACCGUUCGAGCGGUAGCUGAGUCCUACCGGCUCGCUGAUCAUAGUGAUAUUGCGGGAGCACAUCAUUUACUUUCCUCGGCCCGAGCUCUUCUCUUGCAAUCUAGCAAGCCGGUCGAGGAAGAGUAUUUGCGUUGGCUUGAAGCCGAGCAAGCUGAGCUUCAGAAGCGCCGGCAGCAACAACGGGCCCAAAGUCAAAAUCAAAGGCCGAGAACUACUUGCGCCGAAGAGAAAUUGGAGCCACUUACGCCGACUUCGGCUUGGAGAGCAGCUGAGAGAUUAGCUAAAGUUGCCAUAAUGAGAAAAUCUAUGAAUAGAGUUAGUGAUUUACAUGGCUUUGAAAAUGCAAGAUUUUAGAAUUAGAAGAAACUAAUUGUAAUUUUUAUUUUUUUAAUCUUGUGGAUAGGAAAAAAUAUUAUUAAUAGAGAAUUUUCUUAUUUUUUAGAUGAACCAACUCAAUUUUCUAUAAUAGCGACAAGAGGUAGGAGACGGUUAUACCCUUUUUCUCUGUAUAGGAUUAAUGAGUGAUGGCAGAGUGAACCCACAUGAAGUUGAUUGGGGCUAUGAGAUUUUGUUUUUUUCUCUUUUGUCCUUUUAGUAUUUUGCUUUUAUAAUUUACGAAAAAUCCCAGAAUUUAUUAUGCUAUUAAUUAA